AUGGAAGAGGCUUCGGCCCAACUUCGACGUCAUUUGAAGUUCCGAAAGUUCUACGAUCUUGACAAUGCGCAUAAAAUUCCAGAACACGCAAUCCUCAAACAAUAUUUCCCUAUCGGAUUAGUCGGGAAAACGGGUCAGGACAACACUCUGUUGGUGAUAGAAUGCGCUGGACGAAUCGAUUUGGUCGGAAUACUGAAAGCGGUCCAGUUGUCCGAUUUUCUUAUACAACGAUUCCGAUUUCAAGAGAAAAUGUUGGGUGCGCUUAAUGAACUUGAAGCGGAAACUGGAAAACAGGCAUCCGUCAUCUAUAUUCUCGAUUUAGAUGGACUCAAAUUCGAUACCUCCCUUUUGAGUAUUGUUACAGGUAAGGAUUGA